AUGUCAAGCCAGUGCGGUGUUCUAAUUGCGCUCGCUGCGUUCCAAAGGUACACACAAUUGGCGAAUACAGACAAAGCUAUUAAACGUUUUACUGUUCGUAACAUGGUAGAGAGUGCAGCUAUUCGUGAUAUCACCGAUGCAUCUGUUUACCAAGUUAGAGUUAGAUCACGCGAAGGUCGUCGUAAUCGUGCUCCACCACCAAGAAUUCGAUAUAACAAGGAUGGCAAAAAGAUUAAUCCUAAUGUUCAACAAAAGGCGACUACAUAA